AUGGCCGACGAUGGUGGACUCGAGCUCAACCUCGUGUCCGAGCCCUUGGCCGACCUGCAGCCCAAGAAGAAAAAGCGAGCCAGCGGCAAAGCCUGGGACAAGAAGAAGAAACGGCAACCUACCACGACCACCAACAGCAGCAAAGACAGCGGCAGCACAGCAAAGCAAACGCAGCAGCAGGGGAAAGGGGGGUCGGAGGGAAAAGGCCAGCCUCGCCCCCAAUCAUCUGCGGUGAAUAGCACCAACAGCAGCAGCAGCAGCAGAAGCAGCAGCGCCCAGAAGGAAAGCAGCGAGACGGCAGCCGUCCCAGCAGUAGCAAGUGGUUCUCCUGGGCAACAUGGCCGCAGCGGGACCGAGCGGGCAAAGGGAGCAGGCAAGGCAACAGCAGCAGCGACACCAGGUGCUAGGAGACAUAGCAGCAAUGCUACCAGUCCCAACGCUGGAGCAAACAAGCCGGGAAUCUCGCCCAGAGGGAAAAAAAACACCACCGAGGGCGGCCACAACGACAGGGAGCCACUCUCCAACGAGCGCCGACGCGUGCUUGAGAUGGCCGGAAGACACACGACGCCGCCGACCCCGGCGGCUGCGCCGCCCUCCGCGGAUGACAAGCCAAGCGGCGGCCUUUCCUCUUCGGCUCGCGCUACGAAACGAAAACGGCCUGCCGCGGGGGGGGGGGCGACCACCGCCGGACCGGUUGCAUCGGGCGGCGUAAUCGACUUUACCGUCGGCGAUAAUACCACGACACCCAACAGCAGCCAGAAGAGGAAGAAGAAGGACGAUCCCAAGGGUGAGGCCAGGAACCGCAAGGCAGCGGCCACCGCGGCCGCGGUGGCGAAGGCGACGGCGGCCAUGGCGAAGUCGGGAGGAAAAUGGUGGGACGACGACGACGACGACCACGUUGUUGUUGCCGCGGCGAAGAAGAGCAAGCCAAUCUCCACGUCGUACUACGCGCCCGGCGGCGGCUUCGGCGGGUGGAAACCCGGGGCGCACGACGCCGACGGCGAAGAGCACGGCAAGGAGGUCGAAGAAGACAAGGACGGCGGCCUGCCGUCCGAUGUACACCCGAACUCGGUGCGGACGAAAGCGGUAGACAUGGACGGCGAGGCUUCCAAGGCCAUGGAAAUCCUGGGCGCGUUGUUGGGAAAGAACGGCGGCGGCGGCGAUGAUGGCGGUCCCCGCGAGGAGUCGAGGAGAAUCAAAAACGGAGGCAAGAGCAAGAAGAAGGCUAGGGAUACACCCAAGGAGGGGACUUUGGAGGGUGACGGCGGUGGUGCUUCUGGCUCUGUCGGAAAGACCGAUGUCGCUGUGCAGCGUCAAGCCAUGGACGUGGACAGCGCGGGCCCUGCCGAUAUCGAGCAGCCGCCUUCCGCCGGAACCUCGCUGGAGGAAACCGGAAGCAAUGCCGACGAUGAGUCGCCGACGGCCGAAACGAAAUUGGCGGGCAGCAGCGGAGCAGAGGCCACCGUCGCUUUGGCCUCCCGCAAGAACAGAGCGCGAAUCGCCGCCGCCGCCGCCGCCGCCGCCGCCGCUGCUACCGCCGAUGCAGCAGCAGGGGGCACCGUCCCGCUCCCCGAGCACCACGCGCGCCCGCGAGAGCUGUCGCGCCGGGCGGCCGUCAGGCCGCUCGCGUCGGCGCGGAGCGCCCACGUCAUGGCGGCGGGGCCCGGCGCGACCUUCGCAGCGCUUAAACUACCGCCGAAAAUGGUCUCCCACCUGGAGGAGCCCAAGGGCAACCUUGGGGGCGGGGGCAUGGGGCUGGCGGGACCCACGGUGUGUCAGCUCGCGGCCGUGCCGGUGCUCGCCGCCGGGAACAACACGGUGAUCAAGUCGGAGACCGGGUCCGGGAAGACGCUGGCGUACCUGCUGCCGAUGCUGUGCGACUUGGCGUCCGUUGAGCCGAGGGUGGACCGGGAGAAGGGGACGCUCGCGAUCGUGCUGGCGCCCACGAGGGAGCUGGGUUCUCAGAUCCUCGAGGUUCUUACUCGGGUGGUUCGGCCCUUCAUCUGGCUCGUUCCAGGCAGUCUCUCGGGCGGAGAGCGGCGUAAGAGCGAGAAGGCCCGAUUGCGGAAGGGGGUGACGGUGCUUGUGUGCACGCCCGGCAGGCUACUGGACCACCUCAAGACCACCAAGUGCUUCCGUAGGGACUCUCUGAGAUGGCUUAUUCUUGACGAGGCAGACCGCCUGCUCGACAUGGGCUUUGAGAAGCAGGUCAAGGAGAUCGUCGAGCUCUUGGACCAGAGCGCCAGGGCGGUGAGGUCGGGUCCCGCGGGGGGCUCCAGGGUUCAGGGGGGGGCGGUGGUGCCCUCGACCAAGGUUAUACGAAGACAGACCGUCAUGGUGUCGGCCACUCUGGACAAGGGGGUGUCGCGGCUGUCGGCGGCGCUACUCUCGAAACACAUCCGUGUGGAUGCCGACACAAACGUUGUCGAGUCCGUGGACGAGGCCGGCAAGGUCAAGCACAUCUCCGGAGAACGCGGAACAUCGUCGUCAAAGACCAAAACAGGGCGGAACGAAGUGCACGGCGGCGGCGACGGCCUGCCCUCUGAGGGGACGGAUGGUUCAGCCAACACCGAGGAGUUCAGCACCCCGCGGCAGCUGGUCCAGUACUACAUGACCGUCACGCAGAAGCUGAGGCUGCCGGCGCUGUGCGCCUUCCUGCGGGCGCGCGCCGCCGAGAAGGUGGUGGUGUUCAUGUCCACCUGCGACGCCGUCGACUUCCACCACGACCUCUUCCGCCGGGCGGGGUGGCCCGGGGAUUCUCCGUCCCCAUCGCCGGACGGAGGCGAGGGUUCCCCGAACGAGGCCGGGCGAAGUAGCGGCGGUAGCGCCGAGGACAACGGCAAGAAGAAGACCGCCGCCACCGCCGGGAAGAAGCCGCUACCGGAUGGCGAGUUCUUCGGACCGGGCUGCCUCGUCAGGCGGCUCCACGGGAACGUUCCUCAGAACGAGCGCCAGGCGACCUACCGGGCGUUCGGGGCCGCCAAGAGCGGCAUCCUAAUCUGCACGGACGUGGCGGCCAGGGGGCUGGACCUCCCGACGGUGGACUGGAUCGUGCAGUACGAUCCCCCCGCGGAGACGGCGGACUACGUGCACCGCGUCGGCAGGACGGCCAGGAAGGGGGAGCGCGGGCACUCGCUGCUGUUCCUGCUGCCCCGGGAGGUGGCGUACCUGGGCGUGCUGGAGGCCCGGGGCCUCCGGCCGAAGCCGCUGUCGCUGGAGGGGGUGCUCUGCGCCGCCGACGCGGGCAAGCGCGACGCGCGCCGCGCGGACGAGCAGCUGGCGUACGAGCUCCAGCAAGGGCUGCAGCUCCUCGUGGCGGGCGACAAGCCCCUCCUGGACCGCGCGCGCUCGGCCUUCCAGAGCCACGUCCGCGCCUACGCGGCCCGCGCUCCCGACAGCCGAGCGGUGUUCCAGGUGCGCUCCCUCCACCUGGGCCACGUCGCGCGUAGCUUCGCCCUCAAGGACCCGCCAACGGCUGUCAAGGUUGGCAAGCGGGUGGUGCGGCGACCAGGGGACGGCGGCGGCAGGGGAAAGGGGGGAGAUGGUGGCGGCGGCGGCGGCGGCGGCGGCGGGGCCUCGCGGGGGGAGAAGAGGAGGAGGGAUGGGGCGGGGGGCUCCGGGGGUAGCGUGCACAGGCUUGGGCUCAGCAAGCAGACCGAGCUUGCGUCGCGAGCCGAGUUUUUGUGA